GAUUUAGUGACCAAAUAUGAAUUGAGCCAAAACAUAGUGACCAAAGAUCCAUAUCACUCCCUUGAAAUUGUGUACCAUUUGGUCAUUGACGUCAGCUCCGUUAACGUAAUUUGUAGUUAAGGAUGAAGGAGGAAGGCUGACUGACUUACCUCUUUCGAGGAGGAAAGAGUCUAAGGCUUCAAAGAGUUAUCGCCUUAUCUGUGCGACAUGGCUGCGGUCGAGGAAACACAGCAACCACUUUUGGAUAAUAAUGCAGGAGGAGGAGGAGGAGAAGGAUCAAGUUCAAUAGCCCCAAAGCCAAAACAACCGAAAACCCCGGCACGAAAGGCCAUUAGAAAGACCUUCAAAGGCACGGCCCAUUUGUCUAAUCUUCUCCCCACGGGGACCGUCCUCGUGUUCCAAAUGUUCUCCCCCGCUUUCACACGCCAAGGGAAGUGCCCGGCCGUCCUCAACCAAACCAUGACUGUGCUCCUCCUAACUUUCUGCAGCCUUACCUGCUUCCUUAUGCGCUUCACCGACAGCUUGAGGGACGAAAGAGGCAAGGUCCGAUACGGGUUGGCGACAUCUAAAGGGUUGUGGAUUCUCGACGGUUCCAAAAUCACACUUGCGCCGGAGGAGGCAGAUAAAUAUAGGGUAAAGUUCAGAGAUUUUUUCCAUGCCUUCAUGUCCGUACUUGUAUUUGCUGCGGUGGCAAUGUUUGAUCAAAAUGUCGUCAAUUGCUUCUACCCCAAGCCAUCGGAGGAGGCCAGGCAGCUUUUGGUGGCGUUCCCUGUCGGAAUGGGUAUCGCAUGCAGCUUGUUGUUUGUUUUAUUCCCCUCCAGACGCCAUGGAAUUGGCUUCCCUCUCUCUCGAAGCUAGCUUGAGAGAAUAAAAGUCUUGGAAAAUUUAAUACAUUUUUCUUAAGUGUGUUAUUAUCAUAUACGUCAAAUAUAUGAAAAUUCUUGGAAAAUCUUUCUAUUGAUUAUUUUCUGAUCGAGAUGUAUGGAUACACUGGAUCCAACCCUCAACUCUCCUUUCUUGGUUCAUUGAUAUUGAAUCAAUCAAAUCAUCAGAUUAUAGAAGUUCAUAAUUCUAGCCCAUUCCCUUUUUAGGUUGGAUGCUUGCUUACAAUUUAGAAUCCGUUAUUAUAUGUUUGUUCUAGUCUUUGUUGAUCCAUCCGCACCUUCUAGUACGGUUACGUUGUAAUGACUUCACUCCAUUCACUAGCUCUGCCUUCGGCAUCCUUCUUAAGACCAAAGACUUGGGUGGAUAGAGGGGGGAUCUCUCCAUUCGUUCUGGCCAAGAAAAAAACCGCAGCGCCAAUA